AGUGUCUUUAGGCCGCUAGUUAGCGCGCCCCCGGCGCCCGGGACGGCGGGAUAAAAUCACUUGCGAUUGAGCAACGAGGCUAGUGAGCUCGCGGGUUUCUACGUCGACAGCGUUUGCCGCGAAGCUCGUAAAUUGCCGCAACAGCGCGGUCGAUUCUUCGACAGGCCCGCGAGAGAGAGGGCCCGCAUUCCUGACCUUGCGCCACAGCGCGUAUCCCCCAUCUGCCGCCAUGUCGCUGCCUGAGGGCUACUCCGCGAAAAAAACCAAGAUCAACGAGGACAAGCUCGCCGACUGGCUCCGCGAGCAGGUCACCGGCGACCUCGAGCAGGUGCCCGGCAUCGGUCCGGCGAACGUGAAGUUGCUGGCGGCGACGGACCGCGUGCCCGACAAGGUCGAGACGACGUACCAGCUCAUCGGCAAGUUUCUCUCGCUAAAGGCGGCGGGCACGACGUGCGUCGAGCACUGCGACAUGUUCUACUACUGGCUCCAGGCCAAGGGCGUCAACGCCGGCCGGAACAACAUCGUAUUGGCCAUCGCGGAGAAGUGCGAGGUGUUCCUGCCUGGCUGCUACGACGCGGCCGCGUACGAGGACUAGAAGUAGUAGGCGCGCACCACAAAAGGGUUGUGUGUCGUCGAUGCCUUCGGGUAAUUGUGUCUAGUCCGAGGCAUCAUGACAUGAUCAGAGCGGAAUUUAAAAACGCUCUUUCACUGGCACUAUUCAUUCGGGGUCAGCCGGAGAGGUCACUUUACAGGUCAC